AGGAAGUGGUUCAGACCAUUCUCAUCAAAGAUGAUUAACUAUGUAUCUUUUUUUUUUUAUAUUGGACUCUUUAGUUACAGUAAAUUAUUGCAUUAUGCUUAUGUCACUGCCAAGGACUUGUCUGCUGCUUUUCAUUUGCGGCAAACAGAACAAGGCAGGGAAUGGUAAAACAACAGUCAGAGGAUAUGAAAGAACAGAACAAAACAAAAACAGGACUAAAAGCGUCUGCUUUGUUUAUCAUGCUCAUUAAUCAGGAAUCAAAGGUCUUCAACUUGACAAUUUAUGUUUAAAUGGAGUAGCACUGUUGUUUUGUCACUUGUAGCUUGCCGCAAACUUUUUCAUCCUGGGCAUAGAAUUGAUCUGCAGAGCUGAACUAGCUGGUGUGAUCCAUGGAAAAUCAAUAUGCUAAGCUAUUUCAUUUAUACAUGUUAUGACAGAAUCUCCAAAAGACAGACAGGCUGCUUUCUAAGAGGAAUGCCAAGAAACUGAAAUAAAAGUAAAUCUAUUAAAAGUGUCACGCACACUCGGGUGGAGUUUAGUUCAUUAAAUUGGAUGAGGCUACACUGCAAGGGCUGUCUUCAAUGCCAAGCAUCCCAAAAGAACAUUUAAAACAGUGAAGACCAUGAAAAAUGUAAGAAUGCAGAUUUUCUUAGGAGAGGGGAUGUUUCCCACCCCCCUGUAUGCCCACACUGGGCGCGGUGCAUUUGCCAAGGUGUACGACCCGGCCGAGGACACCUUCCUCCUGAUGGAUGCCCUGGAGCAAGAUGCAGAACUGCUUCUUCAGAGAGAUCCCUCUGUCUGCCUGGAGGUUGGUUCUGGUUCUGGUGUCGUUUCUGCCUUCGCUGCUUCAUUCAUUGGGCCUAAAGCGGCCUACUUCUGUACAGAUAUCAACCCCUUAGCUGCUGCCUGCACUACAGAGACUGCACGGUGCAAUGAAGUCAGUGUUCAGCCAGUAAUCACUGAUUUGGUCAGUGCACUACUGCCCAGGCUUCUAGAGAAGGUGGACAUUCUACUCUUCAACCCCCCCUAUGUUGUGACUCCAUCUGAGGAGGUAGGAAGCUGUGGUAUCGAGGCCUCAUGGGCAGGUGGGAGGCGGGGUAGAGAGGUGAUGGACAGGUUGUUUCCUCUGGUUCCCCAACUCCUGUCCAAUCAGGGGCUUUUCUAUCUGGUUACCGUGCAAGAGAAUAACCCAGAGGAGAUUAUCAGCUUGCUGGGGAAGGCUGGACUGAAGGGGAUUAGGGCUCUUUCUCGACAGGCUGGAAGGGAAACUCUGUCCAUUCUCCGGUUCUCGAAAUCCUGAGCCCACUCUGCUAAACUCAGCUGGUCCUUCAGGAUAAUAACCCAGACCUUUUCAUCUGUAACACCCCUGCAUUAUGUAGGAGGGCAUUGUGUUGGUGUUAGGGGAAUACCUGGACCUGUAUCGAAGAUUUUCUAGCAUCGGGCAUGAUGUGAGUGGGGCCGCUGCAUAAGGAUCCUGGGCAACUGUAUCACCACAGCAAGGUUGUGGCAGUGUGAACCUAAACCAAGUGGCAGAGCUAAGCUGAAAACUGAGAUCCUGUGUCAACAUUUUCAUUAAAUGAGAAAAUAUUUUGUGGAUGUCCUCAUCACUCUGGUUAAGCUUACAUCCUCCAAGCUUGAAAUUACCAGCAUGUUUUGAUUUGUAAUACAAAGUGUAUGAGUAUCCCGGUUCUGUUUUAAUCCCAGUCCGUUUCAAUUCUGUGUUGGCCGUUUUGUCAUUCUCUGGCACUACACACAAUUUAAAAAAUAAAGUAUUAAUUUUUUUA